AUGUCGCAAAACAAACAGGCGCCGAAAUGGAGCUUCGCGGGGCGCUACGGUGCAAACAUGAGGCCACUGACACCCGGACCUGGCACGUAUGGUGGGCACGAUGCUCGAUCACAGAGGCAGCCUGGCUUCGGCUUCGGGUCCUGCGCGAGAGACAAGGGUGCGCUGGCGAUGGCAUCGCCGGGCCCCGGUGCAUAUGGGGCCAGCGAGUCCUACGGAUCGAAGCGUCCGCACUCGGCGGGCCCUGCUUUUGGGAGAGCCGGACGUGGGCUUGGAAACGGAGGUGCAACACCAGGUCCUGGAGCUUAUGUACCAAAUGUCAACUGCACAAGGCCACAGUUCCCAAAACACACCUGCACGCCUCGCCGGGAUGGUGCCCAGGUGGAUCGUUGCCGGCGCGCGAGCUCCACUCCGGGCCCCGGGACCUAUGGCCAUUUCAAUGGAUCCGAGAGCCUUGGGUCCGGCGUCCAAGUCUGCACCGAGAUGGGGGCUCUCGAGCUGGAGCUGGAGGAAGGGCUCUUGAGUGAGCUGAUGCCACGCGCACGGCUCAUGUGGUCUCAAGCUGCGGCGCCCGCUUCCCCUGACGUGCCCGAAGCCCUCAGAUAUCCUCAGAUCAAGAAAGAGCAGCUCCUUUCCACGGCGAUGUUGGGAUUGGUCCUGACAACCUUACACAGUAAGUACUCCUCUCAGUUCUCAUCUCUCAGCCACGACAAGCUCUGCGUGGACGCGACAGCUCGCGACCUUAGCGUGCUUCGGCUGUACUGCGCAGCAGUACCUGUGAAAUGCCCUCGAGGCAUCGUUCCGGGACCUGCAGACCCAAGGCACAGCCAAAAGCACAACAGCCUAGUUGCCAAUCGUCACUUCUCAUGGAAAGCUGUUUUGGCAAGUCAGCGGUGCGAACGGGUCGCCCUGCCUUUGCCGCAGGCCGUGAUGGAGCAGGCCGGACACGAGGAGGAUGACUUCUCACAGUUCUUGUCGCAGGAGAACGCUGGAGCCACAGCCCCCCAGCCAGAGGUGACCGCGGAAGAUUUUCUUCGUGUAGUCGCGGAGUCCUCACAGCGCCAGGAGCAGCUCUUGGGAAAAGUCUGCAGCUUGCUCGUCAGUCUGGAUGAGAAGUUGGGCCGAAUCGCCUCCGCCCAGGAAAGGUUGGAGGACAGCCUGCACCGUGCUGCUGACGCACCUGCAGGGGUGGCGCGUGCUCCUGUGUCAGGCCAAGUGCAGCCGCAGCGUGGGUCCUUGGUUCCGCCCCCGGGAAAGCCGGGCUACUCGGCUUCAGGUGGAGGUGUCCCACAAGGCCCGACCCCGGAGGAGCAGCGCCUCCAGCAAGAGCGCUUGGCUGCCGAGCGCCUGCGCAUGGAGGAGGAGAACAGGCGGCGCGCGGAGGAGAUGAACCGACGAAGGGAGGAGGAAGAGCGCCGAAAGCGUGAGGAGGAGGAGCGACGGCGGCAAGAAGAGGAGCGGAGGCGAGAGGAGGAGCGGCUGCGUAAGGAGGAGCUCGCGAAGAAGACCAGCGGGCUCAUGUCUGGCCUCGUCUCCAGUGGUGGGGGCGGCGGUGGCUUGUUUGGCGACGAGGAGCCCAAGAGAAACAGCAAAGGCGGCCUCUUCGACGACUAG